AUGGGCCGGCCGCGAAAGAAACAAAAACUGGACGGCGAUAUCAACGAUAACCCGGAUGGAACAGAGCGAAACCUGGGCGCAAUUUCGGAGAUAGAAAAGGAUUGGUUCUCGGCUGAUUUGCCGACUGAUCUUCCGACUAUAUGCCCACAAGUAUAUCUCAGCCAUUACAAUGGUGUUGUUCCUGCCAAAGAUCCGCCUUUCUCUAGUGGUUCUACUUUMCCGCAUCCGCCGCAACUUCUAGAACCGAUUGCUGCGACGUUAGAUCCCUGGCCGGAUUUCUCGACUACAUCAGCUGCGGGAUCCAUGUUGUCGAAUGUGCCGUCGUCUGCUGCAACGGGCGAUGAUGCCCCUACUUGCCCAUGUCUAUCCUACCUCUACCUCUGUUUGAGCACUUUAUCAAGUCUCAAUUCAUUCUCCAUCACCCGCGAAACCACCACGUCACUCUACACAGCAGCUCGAACCGCACAGUCCGUCAUUCGUUGCGAGAUAUGCCCCCUGCGAUUCGCUACGGGGAUGCAAAACGUUAUGAUGCUAGGAACACUGCUGAGCGUAAUGGCAGACGCCUGGUACAAAAUCUCACUCGUCGACGCUGGCAGUCUAGGCCGCGAACUCGCAUCACCCGAAUUCAAACAGCUUGUCAUCAACAAUAACAAAAGCCUGCACGCCGACGAGGAAUUGACAUGGGAUCACUGGCUACGGCGAUUUCUGCGCCGCGCUAUUAUAGGUACACCCAUGCCUCCGAAUUUGUGUCCGUCAUCAGUGGCAUGUAGUAUCACGCCGGACCUGUAUUCGCUCAUUCGGGAACUGGAGAAUCGUCAACGAUAUUGGCAUUCGAUCCGCAUUUCGCAUCCUCUAGAUCCAUUCGAUACUUCUAGAGCUGAGUAUGGCUCUUUGCCUACCCCGCCAUUAUCAACGAGGACAUGUGCAUCAGAAAAGGAGUGCAAUGCAGAUACAAUCUCGACGUCCUGUUCAACGAUGGCGAACAAAACAUUAGGAGAAGCAGCGUCAGUAUCAGCGACGUCGUCGCCGCCUGAUCCGGCUGAAUUGCAGCAAAAUGCUCAGGAACAUGACUUUUUAUGUCUGAAAAUUGUUGGUGCGGCCAAACGUGUUAUAAGGAAGUUUGGAUUUAAGCCUGACGAGUAUCCGGAAGACGUGCCGCCGAUUCCGCUUUCAGAGUAA